ACUAUGGAAAGCCGCACAAGACAAAUACGCCGAUUUCACAAACUGCAGACGCGUGAAACUUGCAUGUGGAAAGCGUAUACCUGCUUAAAGACGAUUAUUAUCCAGCUAGGCUUUCUUUUGACCUGGAUUUGUCACGCUCUAGUGAAAAGGUCCUCUUGCUUCAUAGAUGGUGGAGGGAUUGGGCGUAAAUUCCAUGGGGAAAUCGAAUCGACGUUACCUCUAUCCUUCCUCUUCAAAGAGGACAGACGUUUUUGCAAAGCCGGUCUAGGCUUUGAAAGGGAACAGGAUAAGUUACACACGCGAGAGCUACAACCAAACACCAAACCUAAAAAAGAUAAUGGAGAAAUACUCAUACCAAAAGGUCUUAGGGAUGGGAAAUUUUGGCAAAGCUUGGUUGGUACGCUCUCGUGAAAGUCGUCGACCUUACGUCAUCAAAGAGAUCAACGUCGUCGGCAUGGGCGAAAAGGAGAGAGAAAGAGCCGUCAACGAGGUCGCUAUUCUUGGACGGCUGAGGCACGUGAACAUCAUUCGGUACCGUGAGGCUUUCGUUGCCGGUGGAGGCGGGAUACUAGCUAUUGUGAUGGAGUACGGGGAUGGAGGGGAUUUAGCGGAGAAAAUUGAGGAAGCGAAAUUAUCUGGGGACAGUUUCCAUCCUCCUCAAAUCUUGAACUGGUUUGUGCAGCUCUGCCUGGCUCUCUACUAUAUACAUUCUGAAAAGGUUUUACAUCGAGACCUUAAGCCUUCAAACCUGUUCCUCACAUCAAAAGGCAUCAUCAAAGUGGGUGACUUUGGAAUCGCAAAGAUGUUGCAUAAUACCAUGGACCACGCAAACACAACUAUCGGUACACCCUAUUACCUAUCACCAGAAAUCUGCCAGAGACAGCCAUACAACCAGAAGAGUGAUAUGUGGGCAGCAGGUUGUAUCCUGUAUGAAUUAGUAACCCUUACACGCCCAUUCGAAGGACAUGAAUUAUCUACCCUCAUCAUGCGCAUACUAAGAGGCCUGUACACCCCUAUUUCAAAGACCUAUGGAAUCGUUAUCGAGGAGCUUGUGGCAGUUCUUCUUUCUGUGAGUCCCAACAUGCGACCAUCUGCACAUGCAAUCCUUACUUCUCAUAAUAUACGGCCAUAUGUCAAGGCUUUCACCGACCAACGAAAACUCAUACCGAAUUCACCCUCAACAUCUCCAAGUACAGGAACUCGUGGUCAUGCAAAAUCUAGAAAGUCUGAAGAUCGAGAGAACCUUCAGGAAGUGUAUUCGAAUUCCCCUUACGCAAUACCUCCAAGAUCACAAAAUGCUUCCAAACGUGUUCGAAGGUUCCACCAAGCUGAUCGGUUGUCUGACAAACCGAUAGUACAAAGCAGACAGCUGAAACCAAGGACUGAUUCCCCAGUGGUCAUUGACACUUGUAGGGUCACAAAGAAAGCUAAACCAAGAAUUGUCCAUCAUUAUUCUGCAAGUGAACCAGUCCACCGCGUCGAUCCGCCCGUCCGAUCUCGACAUCGACCUGAAAGGGCGAUGAGUCAAAGAAAACUAUCCGGGAAAACGUCCACAGUGACUGCCUCUCGCGAACGCUCCCUUUGUGAGGGUGCUUCUGGAUACGGUGCUGAUAAUCGACAACUUUACGGUCGUUACAGGAAGGGAGAAUCCAUUUCCCGGACAAAGUCCCACAAGAAAAUUUCAGAUGCCACACCAUCUACAAUGUCAAGAAAAAGAAGGUCGUGCAUUCCUGCAAUUGCCUUGGAGUCACCUUAUCCAUGUUAUCAACCUGAGAUGCCAUGUGACAUUCCAUCGAAAAAACGGCGCCAAUCCCUGCCCGAGCGAGUGAAAGAUUCGAAGUUUCUCUCUCGGCUUGUCUCGGGUGAAAGUACAACCUCAAAGCGCCCCCAUUCAGAGAUGACAGGAAAUGAUAUCCAGACUGUGCCGGGACUCCAUCGGGAGAAUAAAAGGUCCUGUGGCGGGUUGGUGAAGGCGAAGACAUCAAGGCGAAAGAGUGGACCGCCAUCUACACACCUUGAAGUGAAGUCGACUCAGACACCAGCCUCCACCGAGAAUCACAUGGCUUCCACAACCCCAAGAACAGUACCAACAAUGAAGAGUUCACAGCGACCGAGAAAGGGAUCAUCUGCUCCUAUUACUUGCCUUUUUCCAAAGACACCUGAAGGCCCUUCACGACCCCGUACACGCAUCAAGCACGGUACAUACACACUCAACCUGCCUCAUCUAUCCUCGGAUGACGUACAGGCGCCCUCUAAAUGUGGCCAGUGUGAAUGUAGGAUUGAAAGGAGGACAUCAUCCAUGUUAAACUAUGAUGCGGACAUUGUUCCCUACCACAAGGUUUGUACCGAAACAGGAGAUGAAAAGGAGCCUGUCAUGAAAAGCAUCUCAUCCGACUCCACCUGUAGCUUUGCUUCACCAAGCUCAACAUCGGUUGGAAAAUUCAAAAGAAGAAAUGCACUUCGAAGACGGUCUCGUGACAGCGUUCAGAGGAGCCAGAGAUCCAAGUCCCUUCGGCAGAAGAAUAACAACAACAAAGAUACUCGUCUUGGAGCAAAACCUGACGUAAUUCCUCCUAAUGAAGAGGACGUCUUCCUUGAACCUGCAGAAGAGCAAGAAGUUCAUUCAGGUAGAAGACUGGACCGCACACAUGCCGGUGACAUGGUGUUAAAGCAAGACUUCGAGAUUGCCGAGCUCCUUCAUGCUCUAACGGAGAAGCCUGGCGAGAUGACCUGUGACCUUCGCGGGAAAUUCGAACUCUUGAAGAUAUACCUUGAGCGUCGCCUCGGCACGGAAAGGUCAUCCGUGGCGUACAACAUCUUGUCAUCCGCAGAGGGCAAGGAACUUCACACUGCUUGUGGAAGCUCUGUUGACGGAACCACGGAAGAUGUUGUCAGACUUGUAUCUGAUGUCUUAGGACCGGGGAAAAUGAAGUACUUUCCUCUCCUCUUGCAAGCUGUCAAUAUGAGCAAUCGUUGCCAUUGAGCUGGAAAAUAGACCCAGGUAUGUCCCUUCUGGAAAGAAGACAGUAAAAAUUUUCCUUAACAAUGGAACGCAGUAAGAAAUGAUCUACCACUUUGUCCACGCUAUUAUUUGACUUUGUGGAUCGCGUAUUCACAUAGUCCACUCCACUAUCAUGACUAUGUGAACACACUGUGAAAACUCGCACUGUGGAGGUGUUCACAGAGUGAAUUGUGAAAUUACCUUCACAUUGUUAAAUCUGAACGUUGUAACAAUGUGAGUCACAUCGUCACAGUCCACUAUUCUCACACUGCGAACACACUGUAUGAUACUAUAGUUUUCCAGCAGGAAUACCACGUAGGGUUAAAGGUCAGCUGAAAUUCAAAUUGGAAUUUGAUUCCUAUUGCCCAACUGUUUUUAUAAGAUCAAAUAAAUUAUCAAAAAUGCUUAUUAUAUUAUAUUUUAACAAAUUAUUUUAUCGAGUUAAGACAACUUUAAGAUGUUUCAACGAUAGAACUUAUAGCUCACGAAUAUGAUGCAUGUAUUAGAAUAUACCGAGAUGACUUAGUCACAAUCAUGUUUGUUACCAUGAUAUAUAACCGAAGUAUAUGUUGUGGCAAAUGAAAUAUGCCGUAUGCCGUAAAGUCAAGGAAGAAAUUGAACACAGGCAUAAUUGCAGCAAUAGACCUGGGGCCCGUUUCACAAAGGACUUGCAACUGUUGUUACUUUGCCAUUAUGGCAACUACCAUGGUAACAUGGCUCAGCAGCCAAUCAGAAUCAAGGUUGCCAUGGUAUUUGCCAUAAUGGCAAAGUUACAACAGUUGUAAAUCUUUAUGAAACGGGCCCCAGAAGUCUUGUUUUGUUAUGAUAUUGUUAAAUUGUGCUGAACCUAAACUUUGCGCCCAUAUGUAUUGUGGCAUCUGCAUGCUCAUAAUAAUCACAGAUGAUUUCCUCUUCAGAAUGGGAUGUGGGGACUUUUAAAAGAAACGUUCUUCAGUUCACAUUUAUACUGUAUACAUGUACGGGAAUAACUAUCAAAGUUUUAUGAAUGGAAACACAGUGAUUCACCUUUCUGGUCUGAUGAGCCUUAAUCACAUUUGUGGGGUUAAAGACUGUCUUCAGAUUGAAGAAUACGAUCAAUGUUUAUCAACAUGUAAAACAAAAUCCAGCCGUCAGAAUACGUUUUUAUCAUGCUAGGUCAUAAUUGAGCGUCAUCAAUAUUCAACAAUACGCAGUUGAAAUUGACAUUAUUUCGGUAAGUUGUAAUUUUAAAUCUGUGAGUAUUUUGUUUGGUGUUUUAUUCUAUAAUUGAACAGGUUUACUUUUUUUAAUCAAUAAAAAAUCUGUCAUAUGAUAUGUCAAUUUUUUUUUUAUGUUGCAUGAAUUGCGUUAACCUUAAUGAACGGAUGUGUUCUAGGUGACAUUAUUGGUUUUAAACUUAUUGUAUUUCAUUUGUCAAACGUUAUAUGUUAUAAAGUAGUUUGUUCAUGGUAUAUUAUGAACGUAGGUCCUUUGGAUCAUUUUUAUCAGAAGUGAAAAUUAUUUUAUCAUAAAUGAAAACAAAGUUAUAAUAAACAAGAUAAAUUCAA